UACCCAUAUGAGGGCGACCGGCGACCGGCUCCAUGUAGAAUAAAACUUUUUCUCGACGACUUAAUAGGGGAUAUUUCUCAAAAGUGUUGCUAUUUCUUUGUGAAACUGAAUGCACCUCGUGACCUCAGAAAUAAGUUCCAUCUAAAAAACUACAAAUGACACAUUUUUACCUUACCUUGUUCACUUAACUAAUUAAAAACAGCGUGUGGUCUGUUUGUGUUUUAAGUUGAGACUCCGUAGUUCGUCAAUCGAACCUUUGUGACGUUUCUCAAGUCCGUGAGCAACUGAAAGAACGUUCUAUUUGGUAGAAUGAGCUCGCGCCCACCGGGAAGCUUCCUAACUCCUGAUUGGUCGAUGGAAGCUGUUCAAUGUGUAGCAGCUGUGACGUCAAGCGCGAGGUUAUUUAGUAAUUUAGUGAUCAAAGAACGCUUGUGCCUGGGAAACGCGUAUUGUCCUGAGAUAACAGCUGGAUAACAGGUGGCAUGGAAAUGUCUGAUACUUACUCCCAUGGCGUCAGGGUUGACAUGUCAAGCGUCUCUACGUCCAUGCCAUCUGAUCCCAUGGCAGAAGAGACACUGAGAGAUGACCUGAGGUUUUACUUCAUGAGCCCUUGUGAGAAGUACAGAACACGGCGACAGCUACCAUGGAAACUAGCAGUGCAAAUUUUGAAAAUAUUCAUGAUUACUCUCCAGCUCAUACUGUUUGGACUGAAUAACCAGCUUGUGGUGUCCUACAAGGAGGAGAACCUGAUGGCCUUUAAGAAUCUGUUUCUUAGGGGCUACAGUGGUGUGGAUGAGGAUGACUACAGUAUUGCUGUCUACACCAAACAGAAUGUAUAUGAUAGUUUAUACUAUGUCAUAGAUCAGUAUUCCCAGUUACGAAACCUGUCUGUGGGACCCGUUAGUUAUGCUGAGGAGAAUGAAAAGUUUGUGCACAUGAUUAUCUGCAAGAAGAGCUACAUGAGAGGCAGUUUGGAACCGCAUGAGGAUUACUAUGAUAUUGACGCCCAGCUUGAAACAGUUUGCUUGGCUCUUGAUCCAGAGUCUGCUUCAACAUGGAGAUUGAACAACGCUUCCUUUUUUGAGUUGGAUUUUUAUAGGCUUGUUGAGAUUGAGAUCACUUUUGCGCUCAAAGGAAUCAAUUUGCAAACUGUUCGUUCGCAUGAGCAGCCUGACUGCUACACAUUUUUUGUGAAGAUUGUCUUUGACAACAGUUGCCAUAGCGGAAAGGUGAAAUUGACUCUUGAUUUUGAUGAGGCUAGUAGUGUGUGCAAAAACUGGAAGAUUUCGGGAACUGCUCAGAAAAGCACUCACUACCUCCUGAUCUUUGAUGGCUUUGUUAUUGUAAUCUGUCUGAGCUCUGCAGUGCUCUGCACACGUUCUAUUAUACUUGCUGUGAAGUUACUUCAGCGGUUUUCUAGCUUCUGCCUUGAGAAUUAUAAUCAUAAAGUGUGUGAGGAUGACCAGAGGGAGUUCUUAAACGGCUGGUACAUCUUGGUGAUCAUCAGUGAUGUUUUGGCCAUCAUUGGAUCGAUACUAAAAAUGGAAAUACAGGCUAAGAGUCUGACCAACUAUGAUGUGUGCAGUAUCUUCCUGGGAACAUCAACUCUAAUGGUCUGGGUGGGCGUCAUACGAUAUCUGGGAUACUUCGAAAAAUACAAUGUGCUUAUCCUAACUAUGCGAGCAGCCUUACCAAAGGUCUUGCGCUUCUGCUGCUGUGCAGGAAUGAUCUACCUUGGCUACACCUUCUGUGGAUGGAUUGUUCUAGGGCCCUAUCAUGAGAAGUUUGAAGGCCUGAGUCGUGUGGCAGAGUGUCUCUUCUCUCUAGUCAAUGGGGACGACAUGUUCCCUACGUUUGCACAGUUUGAGCAAAAAAACACCAUGGUGUGGCUGUUCAGCCGAGCCUAUCUCUACUCGUUCAUCUCCCUCUUCAUCUACAUGGUGCUCAGUCUCUUCAUCGCCCUGAUCACAGAUGCUUACGACACCAUCAAGGGUUACCAAACGACAGGCUUCCCCAUGACCGAGCUCCAUCGGUUUCUGAUGGGCCAGAAGGAGGGCUUCCCCCGCCAGGGGCAGGAGUGUGGCCAAGUCGAGAACAUCCACCCUUCUGUUAUGCUGUGUUGCUGCAAAAGUAUUCCCAAAGACGACUCCAUCAUGCUUAUCAGCUGAUCGCAGCGAAUGAUUCAACGUCGAAUCUACUGAAAACUGCAAUGGAUUUGCAGCUUAAUCAGGGAAAGAUUGUGUGAACAUGUUUACCGCUCCAUGUACAUGGUUCAUGUACUACACCGGAAGCAUGAUCUUAGUUCACAUGACAAUUUUAUUAGAAACCGGUAAGACCUGCAUUAGCAAACGGGCAAAUGCCAUAUAAUAUCUGCCAAAGUGCUCUACAAUGCAAU